AAAAAACAGCCAAAACUUGAAAUCUAUGAACUGAAAAUACCAACGACAAAACGGCUCCAUUGCAUUCUUCUGUUCUCAACUCGUUUUCUUUUCAGUUUCGAGUCUUCUUCUUCAUCUUCUUCUUCAUCUUCAUCCUCUUCAAUAUAUAUAUAUAUAUACAACAUCGAUCAUCACCAAUCUCUCUGUUCCAUUGAUUCAUUUCAUGCACCUUCUUCAUCUCUCACAUGGCGGGUGCACACUUACGCCACCACCACAAUAGCUCUCCUUCUUCCCGCCUCCACCACCUCCUCAUCCUCCUCCUCCUCACCCUCGCCUCCUUCGCCUUCCUCCUCCAAUGGCGCGGCGGCGUCACCGACGACCCCCUCACCCGCUGGUCACCCGAUCACCACCAGUUCCCCGGAAUGUCCCUCUCCAACCAACAGCAACAACCACAACAACAACAACAACAACAACACCAUUCCCAUCCCGAUUGCGCUUCCCUCAUCGCUAACUCCCACUCUCCUUCCUUCCCCUACUUCCGUGACUGGAAACCUGAUUACUCCUCCGAUCUUGUUCUCUCCCCCAAGAUAUGUAUUACCACGAGUACUUCAGCUGGAUUGGAGCAGACUCUGCCAUGGAUCUUCUAUCAUAAGGUCAUGGGAGUCUCUAGUUUCUUCCUUUUUGUGGAGGGGAAGGCUGCAUCGCCUAACGUGUCGCGAGUUUUAGAAAGCAUUCCGGGGGUAAAAGUUAUAUAUAGAACAAGAGAAUUAGAAGAACAGCAAGCUAAAAGCCGAAUAUGGAAUGAGACUUGGUUGGCGAGCUUCUUCUACAAACCAUGCAACUAUGAAUUGUUUGUGAAGCAAUCUUUGAACAUGGAAAUGGCUAUUGUCAUGGCUAGGGAUUCUGGCAUGGAUUGGAUCUUACAUCUGGACACUGAUGAACUUAUACAUCCAGCAGGAACACAAGAGUACUCUUUGAGACAGUUGCUAUCUGAUGUGCCUGGAGAUGUUGAUAUGGUUAUUUUUCCAAAUUAUGAGAGCAGUGUUGAGCGCGAUGAUAUCAAGGAUCCUUUCAGUGAGGUUUCAAUGUUCAAGAAGAACUUCGACCACCUUCCAAAGGAGGUAUACUUUGGAAAUUACAGAGAAGCAACUCGUGGCAAUCCAAACUAUUUUCUUACUUAUGGAAAUGGGAAAUCAGCUGCUAGGGUUCAAGAUCAUCUCCGUCCUAAUGGUGCACACAGAUGGCACAACUAUAUGAAGACACCAAAUGAGAUCAAGUUGGAAGAAGUUGCUGUUCUGCAUUACACUUAUACCAAAUUUUCUGAUUUGACUUCAAGACGUGAUCGUUGUGGCUGCAAGCCGACAAAAGACGAUGUUAAAAGAUGCUUCAUGUUGGAUUUUGACAGACAAGCAUUCAUAAUUGCUUCAACUGCGACCGAGGAAGAAAUGCGUCAGUGGUAUCGGGAACGCAUUGUAUGGGGUGACAAAGCACUUAACAUGAAGCUUAUGAGGAAAGGAAUUUUGUCUCGCAUUUAUGCUCCCAUGGUCAUUAUUCAAAGUUUGAGGGAAUCUGGUGUUUUUAGCUCAGUGAUUGCAAAAGCUGCUCAAACAACAAUAUCAAAAGAAAACUUUUUACAAUCUGUUGAGAGUAGCAAUUCAACCCGGAACGCCAGAUCAGAAAAGAUCUCUCAUAGAAAAAUCGAUGCUGGUGGAUUAUCCGAAACAACUGCAAGAAGGAUCUUGGAAGUGAUAGAUGAUUCAAUGCCCUCUGCAAUCCCUCCAUUAUCGCCGCCUAGCCACGACCACGCUGACCUCAUUACGUCUUAGUUUUUGAUUGACUCCUUGUCAUGGCCAGAAAUUAUUUUUGAAGAUAGUUCUGAUACCCAUUGAACUGUGGUGAAUAUCAAACAAUACAAUGAUAGAAGCAACUCUUACUGUCAUGACGGGCAUUCCAAUUUUUGGAUUCAUGGGGUUUUCCGAUCAUUUACCCAAGCGCCACUUAUGUAAAUUUCAGGUAUAGAUUGCAGGCUUAGUGUAGGAAUCAUAGUAGAGCAGAUUUUGCUAGGAUGUUCAUGAUUCUUUUUUCUUCUUCCUUAUCUUUAAUCUUCUUUUGAUACCUUUCUUCCCAACCUAUUUUUAGAGACUUUGGGGCAUAUUGGCGGCGAUUGUAAUGGAAAAUAGUGGCCUAUUGUAUUUUUUUCAUACACAUUGAGAGAUGAUAUUAUACAGAUUGAGAUUUUCUCCCUUGGUUUGAAGGAGAAUUGGAGAAAUGAUUUAUACAACGAAAAUGGUAUUUUGCUGACA